AUGACUAUUAGAGAUAUUUUCCGCAGGUCUCCACUGGGCAGCUAUGGUCAAGGCAUCCGUGACGCGCCGCGAGAGGUCAUUUUCAACCGCCAAUUGCUGUUCUCGACUUUCAUUUACGCUAUCGGAGGAUUUCCCGUCAUCUGGGAUCAAGGUGCAUCGUCGGUCAUACCGUCCCUUCCUGGCUUCCAAACCCAUUUCAACAUCAGUUCUGGAUCCAACGCGAGCACCAUAAGCAUUUUUAUUUCCAUAUUUUACGUGGGCUUCGGAGUUGGUGCUGCGUUGACCUUCUUCGUAAAUGACUUGAUUGGGAGAAUCUGGUCAUUCCGCUUAUACUCCCUGAUUUAUUGCAUUGGCUCCAUCAUGGCUAUCUUUUCUCCAAAUGCCAAUGUCCUCUAUGGUACUCGUUUUAUUCAAGGCUUUGGACUCGGACCCAUGACUGUUAGUGGCCCAAUAUCCAUCGUGAAAAUUGCUCCCACCGAGAUCCGUGGCCUUCUUGCGUCAUGGUCUGUCCUCCUCGUGAGCAUUGGACUUUUCGCAUCUGAGUUGUGUGCUUUAGGCGUUCAUCUUCAUGUUCCUGUUGGGAAUUAA